AUGGUCAAGAUCGUUGAGUCCAAGGAAGAAUUCGAGGCGCUCAAGACGGGGGACAAGCCGGUGCCGGGUCACUCGCGAGAUCGCGCGCGACGCGCGCGCGAUCUCGCGCGCGUCGCUCGCCUCGCGUCGCCCUCGAACACGGCUCUCGCUCCUCUCGGCGCGUUCAAACACGCACGCGAUGCGAACAAACGCCGCGGACCGAUCGAACGAUCCCCCCGCCUCGCUCACGCCCGUCGUCUCCGUCCGUCCGUCCAUUCCAUUCAUCGCGCCAAACUCGUCGCGCAGGUCCUCGUCGACUUCACCGCGUCCUGGUGCGGCCCGUGCAAGAUGAUCGCCCCGUUCUUCGAGGAGCUCGCGGCGAAGUACCCCGGCGUCGUCUUCGUCAAGGUUGACGUGGACGACCUCGACGACGUCGCCGCGGAGUGCGGCAUCUCCGCGAUGCCGACGUUCCAGCUGUACAGCAACGGCGUGAAGGUGCAGGAGCUCACGGGGGCGGAUAAGGAUAAGCUCGAGGCGCUCGCGAAGUCCGCGGAUGACCUGUGA